AUGGAUCAUGACACGUUGAACACAGCGUCAACGUAUCUGAACAAUCUCCUCCUUGCCCGCGGACUGCUCCGGGACAGCAAGGCACUCGACUUUGCCAAACCGACUCGAGAUACACGAGCUCAGAUUAUCAACCUCGUUCACGAUCUCCUACUACGACGCGACAGAGACCAAGAGAACCGCGAGCAGAUUGCAUUGACACUCCGCACCCUCCGUGCCGAUCAAACGCGCAAAGAUGGCGACAUCGACCGACUACAACUACGCCUCGACACACAGGAGCGCUCCCUACUACAGGCACAGACCGAGGCCAGAAAUGCUAAGAUCGAAAUGCGCAAACUCGAGUCGACCACGAAGGCACUGAAUGAUCAACUGGGACGACUGAAAGCAUCCGUGUCGCAAAUCAAAACACAAUGUGCCAAUGACGUGCGGAAGCGCGACAUGCACAUUGAGCGUCUCAAGUCACAUCUCCAGGGUCAGCAGAGAGGAAACAAGGGUGGUCUUGUCGCACCAAGCAUUUCUGUCGGUGGAAGAGGUCCACACUCGUUCAAUGCGUCAGUAAGAGACAUCUCGGACCCAGAAUACAACCUAAAGCAAGAGACGACCGACUUCCUCACACAAUUGAGCUCUGGCCUGAGCGAUGAAAAUGAUGCUCUGAUUGAGAUGAUUCGCGGAACAUUGACCACGCUGAGAGAAUUGCUUGGAAUGCCUGAUCAGAACUACGACAACACUGUUGGCGACAUGGAGAACGAAGAUGGCACUCUUGGCUUUGCUCACGGAUCCCUCGCCGAAGAGCUAGAGUCGAUGCUGGAAAUGCUCAAGACCGUCCUGACCAACCCCAAUUUCGUCUCGAUGGACGAGGUGGAAGCAAGAGACGAUGAGAUAGCAAGAUUGAGAGAAGGUUGGGACCAGAUGGAGGCUAGGUGGAGAGACCUGUUAUACAUGAUGAACGGCUGGUGCACACGAUUGGAAAAGAGCGGCGAUACCAUCAACCUCGAUGAUCUUAGGAAGGGCCUUGGCUUGGGUGUCGGACUCGAAGCUCCUCCUACUGCACAGAAACUGCGCGCAAGCCAACAUACGCGCUCCGACAGCGACCGCGAUAGUGGUAUUCAUACCCUGAGCCCAACACCCUCAGAGAGCCACGCAGCUCCACCAAGCACCACAAAGUCGCAAAGAAGCAUAGACCCUCCAGAGUUCUUCAACCUCAAACCUCGAGGAGGACAGCGUACGCUCAACAAGAUGAGCCACAAUGUACAAUCACCGCGGAAGGUUGCAUUCGCGGUGGAUGCCUCGGAAAACAUUGAUCCAGCCGCAUUAACCCCAAGCAACUUCGACACCCCCAGUAUCGUCAAAGCUUCUGCAAACAGGUCAUCGCUUCCCGUACGCCGGCAGCCAGGCUUUACCCCUUCAAGUGGCUCACAUGACAGACUGCCUUCUCAAUCACGCGGCUCUUCACCGCCUCGAAGACCUGUGGAUUCACCUUCCGAACACAUCGCACAACAAGAUGAUGAAGAAUUGCAGGAGGAUGAACAGCCUCGAAUGUCGGUCGAAGAAAAGCUGCGUCUUGCACAAGCCGAAGCGGAAGCUGCAGGAGGCACACCGAGCAAAGGUCCCGAUGAAGCCUCACAACUCGACCUAGACAUCGACGAAGAGAUAGGCAAGUUGAGAAGUCCCGCGAAAAAGACCAAGAUCCAAGGAAGGCCGAAGCGCAGGAAGAGCACCCUCAGUCCGGAAGAAUUGGAAGAUCUUCUGGGGCUAGAGUAA